UUAUUUUAGGAGGGAGCCGAGUCCCACUGAAAUCUCGAGGAACUCGAUAAACGCUUCGAGCCCACACCGGCGGGGAGUCUUGUGAUGAGUAACCAGCUCCAUUAAUGAUUCGCAGGGGGACGCGCCGAUCUCCGAGGGACCCCGAGCGGAGGCCAGAAGGCGCCAAGAUGGCGGCGCUGAGCGGCCGAGCGCGAGGGGCUCUCUGGGUGGCUUUGCUGGCCCUGUGCGGGACUGUGCUGGCCCUGCUGGCCGUCGUCCUGGUCCGGACCUACGCCCCGCGAAGCCCCGCGCCGUCUCCGGAGCUCUGGGCGCGGAGGAGCCGGCAGCAGCGCCUGGAGCCCUCGUUUAGUCCCCAAGAGCGGCGGGAGCUCAAAGAGGCGCUGCAAGGUGCCAUCAGAAUGCAAACAGUUUCCUUCUCAGCAAAUGAUCAAAAUACAACAGCCCUGGCAGAAUUUGAGCCAUAUAUUCGUAAAGCCUUUCCUGCAGUGUUUUCUGCAGCAUUCAUUAAACAUGAAGUUAUUGGGGAAUAUAGCCACCUAUUCACCAUCCAGGGCUCUAACGCUCAGCUGCAGCCCUACAUGCUGCUUGCACAUAUAGAUGUUGUUCCAGCUUCUCCAGACGGGUGGGACGUCAGUGACCCUUUCUCUGCUGAGGAACGUGAUGGGUUUAUAUAUGGAAGAGGAACACUCGAUAACAAAAACUCUGUUAUGGGGAUUCUGCAUGCUCUAGAAUUCUUACUGAGACGAAAUUACAGACCUCACAGGUCUUUCUAUAUUGGCCUUGGGCAUGAUGAAGAGGUGGGGGGUCAAAAAGGAGCCAUGAAGAUUGUGGCUGAAUUGGAAUCUAGAGGAAUUCAACUUUCUUUCGUGCUUGAUGAAGGAAGCUUCAUCUUUGAUGGUAUUGUCACUGGAAUAGAGAAACCAGUAGCUUCAAUAGGUAUCACAGAAAAGGGUGCCAUUACAGCAAAUUUCACUGUGACAUCAGAGCCUGGUCAUUCUUCUGCACCACCUAAAAGGACAAGUAUUGGUAUUCUUUCUGAAGCAUUAGCCAAGUUGGAGCAGCAUCCCAUGCCCAAUCUGUUUGGUCAUGGGCCUGAAACCCUGAUGUUUGAGCAAUUGGCACCAGAUUUCAGCUUCCCUCUAAAUAUCAUUAUGUCAAAUUUGUGGCUGUUUGGACCACUUGUUGGAAGAUUUCUUGAACAGACGCCUACCACCAAUGCCUUAGUUCGGACUACCACUGCAAUCACUAUGUUUCAUGCAGGAGUCAAGUCAAACGUUAUCCCCCCCUCUGCAAAUGCAACUGUGAAUUUCCGCAUCCAUUCGUCACAAACAGUUGAUGAGGUCCUGGGCAUAGUAGACAAAACAAUUGAUGACAAGAGAGUAAAGAUAGAAAUGGACAGUGCCUUUGAUCCACUCCCAGUGAGCCCCUGGGACGACCAGACCUUUGGAGUGCAGGUUUUCCGCCAGACCAUCCAGGAUGUUUUCCCAGAUGUUGGCAGUGUAGCUCCAGGUAUAUGUAUUGCUAACACUGACAGCAGACACUAUGUCAACCUUACAAAUGCUAUUUAUCGAUUUAAUCCAGUGAUGUUUAAACCCGAAGAUUUGCCAAGGUUCCACGGGUUGAAUGAACGAAUAUCUAUUGAAGGUUAUGAAAAGCAAGUGCAAUUUAUCUUCCAACUGAUUCAAAAUUCUGAUAUCAGCCAAUCCACAGAGCCACAUGCAAACCAUGAGUUGUAAAAACAAAAUAGGAAGGCUUCUGUGAGCAUUACUAGGAAUCAGAAUUGCACAAAAAUGCUACAUGUUGCUGUCAGUUUUGGAACAUAGCAUACAAAUUUUAAGUCGCAAGACUAUUGUACCGCACUCCAAGCAGUUGUGAAAUAUAAAAGCAAGCAUAGAACAAAUCACUUUGGAUCAAAAUGAACAUAUUGAACUUAUGCUAUGUUGUAUUCAGUAGUGGGCUGUGUGGGUGGUACUAUGUUGCUUCUCCAGCUUCCCAACAGCAUGGGGCACUGCCACUUACCAAGAGGAAGAGGGAUGCAGCGCAUGGUGGCAGGAGUGUCAGAUCGGCUUAGCUGCCGCACACCAAUCUCUCCAUGCCUCAACUCCUUUUCCAUGCCGUUGGGAAGCCAGGAGAGCAAUGCAGCCUCACUGUUGCCACCUGCAGGCCACUACUGCAGAUAUUGGAGCCCAGAAAAUAUUAUUGCUGUAUAGAGCUUACAUCCUAAA